GCGAGUCCCGGCCGGGUCUCCCCGCGCCGGACCAUGUACUCAGCCCACAGGCCCCUGAUGCCCGCGUCCGGCGCGGCCUCCCGUGGCCUCGGCAUGUUUGUGUGGACGAACGUGGAACCUCGCUCCGUAGCUGUGUUCCCUUGGCACUCCUUAGUGCCCUUCCUGGCUCCUAGCCAGCCUGACCCCUCAGUGCAGCCGAGUGAGGCCCAGCAACCUGCCAGCCACCCAGUGGCCUCCAACCAGAGCAAAGAACCUGCCGAGUCGGCAGCUAUCGCUCAUGAGCAGCCACCCAGCGGGACAGGAAGUACUGACCCUGGGCGGCCCCCUGCAGCCACAUGCCCUGAGAGCCCAGGGCCCGGACCCCCACACAAUCUGGGGGUGGUGGAAGCUGGCAAAGGUCCCCCUCCCACUACUGAAGAGGAGGCCCCUGGCCCUCCAGGAGAGUCGCGGUUGGACAGUGAGACGGAGAGUGAUCAUGAUGACGCCUUUCUCUCCAUCAUGUCUCCUGAGAUCCAGUUGCCUCUACCACCUGGGAAACGCCGGACCCAGUCCCUCAGUGCCCUGCCCAAAGAACGGGACUCAUCUUCUGAGAAGGACGGACGCAGCCCCAACAAGCGGGAGAAGGAUCAUAUCCGGCGGCCCAUGAACGCCUUCAUGAUCUUCAGCAAGCGGCACCGGGCCCUGGUCCACCAGCGUCACCCCAACCAGGACAACCGCACCGUCAGCAAGAUACUGGGCGAGUGGUGGUACGCCCUGGGGCCUAAGGAGAAGCAGAAGUACCACGACCUGGCCUUCCAGGUGAAGGAGGCCCACUUCAAGGCCCACCCGGACUGGAAAUGGUGCAACAAGGACCGGAAGAAGUCCAGCUCGGAGGCCAAGCCCACAAGCCUGGGGCUGGCCGGAGGGCACAAGGAGACCCGGGAGCGGAGCAUGUCGGAGACGGGCACGGCCGCCGCCCCUGGGGUGUCGUCGGAGCUCCUGUCCGUGGCAGCCCAGACGCUCUUGAGCUCAGACACCAAGGCCCCGGGCAGCGGCUCCUGUGGGGCAGAGCGGCUACACACAGUUGGGGGCCCUGGCUCAGCCCGGCCCCGUGCCUUCUCCCACAGUGGGGUCCACAGCCUGGACGGCGGGGAGGCAGACAGCCAGGCACUGCAGGAGCUGACUCAGAUGGUGUCUGGCCCAGCGUCCUACUCUGGCCCAAAGCCCACCACCCAGUAUGGGGCUCCAGGCCCCUUUGCAGCACCUGGCGAGGGAGGUGGCCUGGCGGCCAGUGGGCGGCCCCCACUGCUGCCCACCCGAGCCUCUCGUUCCCAGCGGGCGGCCAGCGAGGAUAUGACCAGUGAUGAGGAGCGCAUGGUGAUCUGUGAGGAAGAAGGAGAUGAUGAUGUCAUUGCUGAUGAUGGCUUUAGCACCACUGACAUUGAUCUCAAGUGCAAGGAGCGGGUGACUGACAGCGAGAGCGGAGACAGCUCUGGGGAGGACCCCGAGGGCAGCAAGGGCUUUGGCCGGAAGGUGUUCUCGCCUGUGAUCCGCUCCUCCUUCACCCACUGCCGUCCGCCCCUGGACCCUGAGCCUCCUGGGCCCCCGGAUCCACCUGCAGCCUUCAGCAAGGGCUACGGCCCCACCCCAUCCUCGUCCUCCUCGCCUGCCUCUGCCUCACCUUCUUCAGCCACCACCUUUUCGCUGGGCUCGGGAACCUUCAAGGCCCAGGAGGCAGGGCAGGGCAGCACAGCAGGCCCGUUACGGCCCCCGCCCCCGGGGGCUGGGGGCCCAGGGACACCUUCAAAGGCUACCCGGUUCCUACCAACAGAUCUUGCCACCUUUCGACGCAAGAGACCUGAAAGUGUGGGGGGCCUGGAGCCACCAGGCCCCUCCGUCAUUGCGGCACCUCCCAGUGGGGGAGGGAGCAUCUUGCAGACACUGGUCUUGCCCCCAAACAAGGAGGACCGGGAGGGCAGCAGAGCCCGCAUGCCCUCGGCCCCAGCCCCAUCGCUGGCCUACGGGGCCCCAGCUGCCCCCCUGUCCCGCCCGGCUGCCACCAUGGUCACCAACGUGGUGCGGCCUGUCAGCAGCACUCCUGUGCCCAUUGCCUCUAAGCCCUUCCCUACCUCCAGCCGGGCAGAGGCAUCGCCACAUGAUGCCACAGGUGCCAGGACUGAGACAGGCACUGGAACCCGGGCCCCUGGGGGCUCCCCACUGGGCGUCAGCUUAGUCUAUUCGGACAAGAAGUCAGCAGCUGCCACCUCACCAGCCCCACAUUUGGUGGCUGGGCCCCUGCUGGGCACUGUGGGAAAGGCACCUGCCACUGUCACCAACCUACUGGUGGGCACCCCAGGCUAUGGGGCCCCUGCACCCCCGGCUGUCCAGUUCAUUGCCCAGGGGGCCCCUGGCAGUGGGGCUGCUCCAGGCUCAGGAACAGGUGCUGGGAGUGGCCCCAACGGGCCAGUGCCCCUGGGCAUCCUGCAGCCAGGUGCCCUUGGCAAGGCUGGGGGGAUCACCCAGGUGCAGUACAUCCUGCCCACGCUGCCUCAGCAGCUUCAGGUGGCGCCUGCCCCAGCAGCGGCCCCUGGCACCAAGGCAGCAGCUCCCAGCGCCCCUGCACCCACCACCAGCAUCCGUUUCACCCUCCCGCCGGGCACUUCCACCAACGGCAAGGUCCUGGCCGCCACCGCACCCACUCCUGGCAUCCCCAUCCUGCAGUCCGUACCUUCUAACCUGCCCCCCAAAGCCCAGUCGGUGUCUCCCGUGCAGGCCCCACCCCCAGGGGGCUCUGCCCAGUUGCUGCCUGGGAAGGUCCUCGUGCCCCUUGCGGCCCCUGGCAUGUCAGUGCGGGGGGGAGGGGCCGCCCAGCCCCUGCCCUUGGUGAGCCCACCCUUCUCCGUCCCCGUGCAGAAUGGCGCCCAGCCACCCAGCAAGAUUAUCCAGCUGACCCCGGUGCCCGUGAGCACACCCAGUGGCCUGGUGCCACCCCUGAGCCCAGCCACGCUACCUGGACCCACCUCUCAGCCCCAGAAGGUCCUGCUGCCCUCCUCCACCAGAAUCACCUACGUGCAGUCCGCAGGUGGGCAUGCGCUGCCCCUGGGCACCAGUCCUGCAUCCAGCCAGGCUGGAACUGUCACCUCGUAUGGGCCCACGAGUUCUGUAGCCCUAGGCUUCACUUCACUGGGGCCCAGUGGCCCCGCCUUCGUGCAGCCCCUGCUCUCAGCAGGCCAAACCCCACUGCUGGCUCCUGGCCAGGUGGGCGUGUCGCCUGUGCCCAGCCCCCAGUUGCCUCCUGCCUGCGCAGCCUCUGGAGGUCCCGUCAUCACAGCCUUUUACCCUGGCAGCCCGGCGCCCACCUCCUCAGCACCCCUGGCCCAGCCGUCCCAGGCCCCCCCUGGCUUGGUCUACACCGUGGCCACCAGCACUACCCCCCCUGCUGCCGCCAUCCUGCCCAAGGGCCCACCGGCCCCUGCCACUGCUACCCCAGCCCCCACCAGCCCCUUUCCUAGUGCCACAGCAGGCUCCAUGACCUAUAGCUUAGUGGCCCCCAAGGCCCAGCGGCCAACCCCCAAGGCCCCUCAGAAAGUGAAGGCGGCCAUCGCCAGCAUUCCCGUGGGCUCCUUCGAAGCAGGUGCCCCUGGGCGGCCUGGCCCUGCACCCCGGCAGCCCUUGGAUCCUGGACCAGCCCGUGAGCCAGCUGCCCCUGAGUCUGAGCUUGAGGGGCAGCCGACAACUCCAGCCCCUCCACCACCCCCAGAGACUUGGGCUCCCACGGCCCGGAGUAGCCCUCCACCACCCACACCUGCUGAGGAGCGGACCAGCGCCAAGGGCCCCGAGGCCAUGGCCAGCAAAUUUCCCAGCUCAUCUUCAGACUGGCGUGUCCCCGGGCUGGGCCUGGAGAGCCGUGGGGAGCCUCCCACCCCUCCCAGCCCAGCCCCAGCUCCGGCUCCUGGUGGCAGCGGCAGCGGCAGUGAGGGCAGCAGUGGGAGGGCGGCCGGGGAUACCCCCGAACGGAAGGAGGGGGCUAGUGCUGGCAAGAAGGUGAAGGUGCGACCCCCACCCCUGAAGAAGACCUUCGACUCUGUGGACAACAGGGUCCUGUCGGAGGUGGACUUCGAAGAGCGGUUCGCUGAGCUCCCUGAAUUUCGGCCUGAGGAGGUGCUGCCCUCCCCCACCCUGCAGUCUCUGGCCACCUCGCCCCGGGCCAUCCUGGGCUCCUACCGCAAGAAGAGGAAGAACUCCACCGACCUGGACUCAGCACCCGAGGACCCCACCUCGCCCAAGCGCAAGAUGAGGCGGCGAUCCAGCUGCAGCUCUGAGCCCAACACUCCCAAGAGCGCCAAGUGUGAGGGAGACAUCUUCACCUUUGACCGGACAGGUACAGAAGCCGAGGAUGUCCUCGGGGAGCUGGAGUACGAGAAGGUGCCGUACUCGUCGCUGCGGCGCACCCUGGACCAGCGCCGGGCCCUGGUCAUGCAGCUCUUCCAGGACCAUGGAUUCUUCCCCUCAGCCCAGGCCACAGCCGCCUUCCAGGCCCGCUACGCCGACAUCUUCCCCUCCAAGGUUUGUCUGCAGCUGAAGAUCCGCGAGGUGCGGCAGAAGAUCAUGCAGGCAGCCACGCCCACGGAGCAGCCCCCGGGCGCUGAGACCCCCGUCCCUGGACCGCCCCCCGCUGGCACCGCUGCUGCCCCUGCCCCCACGCCCAGCCCCGCUGGGGGCCCUGACCCCACCUCCCCUGGCUCGGACUCUGGCACGGCCCCAGCUGCCCCACCACUGCCUCCACCCCCAGAGCCUGGGCCCGGGCAGCCUGGCUGGGAGGGUGUCCCCCAGGUCUCCCCCCCACCUCCGGGUCCCUCCACAGCUGCCACAGGCAGGUGAGGGACCCCUGAGAAGAUCCCUGGACCCACAAUGGCCCCCUCAGGACAUGGACAGUAUGUAGGUGGCAGGAAUCGGGGGGGCAGGUAGCCAUCCUGCCCCCCAGUAAAGCCAUUUCGUCCUUGACCGUUUGGGGCGGAAUGAGGCCUGCUCCUCUUGUAUAUAUCCCCUCCCCCCCAGCUCCCUCCCUGUGGUGGGGGGCGGCUGAGGGGAAGCAGGGGCAGUCUCCCCACAUCGAGCCCCUGUACAGAACCUGGAGUGUGUGACCUUCAGACCUUUUUCACUUGUACUUUAUGCAAAAUGGCUCGUGUGAGGGCUGCACGCUGGAGGGUAGUGUGGGCCUUUGGCCACAGGGAGGCACCUGUGGAAUAGGGGGAGUUCAUGCACCCCUUUUUUCCCCAGAGGGGCUGGACUCAGGUUAGUUCGGGGGUGGGGGACCUGCACUUUGCCACAGGCGUGGGGAGGGUUCUCUCCCCACCCCCUCUGCCUUCCCAACUUGGGUUGUACUUUCUAAGAAGGUGACCCCCCUAUACCCUCCCCCCACCCCAGAACAAAACAUGUUGAUCAUGUGCAAUAUUUCUUACUGUGCCGAAGCCGCGAUGACCGAGAUUAAAGCUGUUUAACACAC